CUUUUCUUCCCUUAAAAAAAGUUAUCGCAGUCAUUCUUUUUUCCGUCUUGUAGUACUGCGAAUCUACUUGAAAUCGCUUAGGUAGCAGACGAUAAUAAAACGACCGAGGAUUAGAAUAAGGAGAAAGAGAAGGGGGAGAGAUAGAAAGGAUAAGUGGAUUUUUAUCUACCUUCGACAGGAGGGUCCGAAAAACAGUAGAAAAAGAGAUGUCCAACCCGGACUUGUACAUUACAGAAUCGUGUGUUCCGGUCUUUUGGAACUGCUCUGCGGGGACACAACUCAUUGAUCCCUGCUCCUGUUUCCAGUAUUAUGAGUGCAGAGGUCAUGGAAAUGGCGUCGUAGAGCGGAAGUGCGCGCCCGGUACUGCGUACAACCACGAGAGCAAGAACUGUAUGAAAGAACUGGAUGUGUUGAGAACGCAGUGUCCGCGAAAUGAACCCUGGGACAGAUGUGGACUGAACGGUACUCAGAAAGAUAUUCUUGCUCAAAGAUGUUCAAAUUACACAUUAAGCAUCAUAACCACAACGACAUCAAAUCCCGUGACGAAGCCGGGGACAGCUGGGCCGGACGGAAACGAGGUCGGGAUCAUUUUGGGCGGACUAUUCGGCGGAUUGUUCGUUGUUGUUGUCGCCAUCUUAAUUGCCGUAUUGUUUCAUCGCCAUCGAGCAAAAACGAAAUCAAAACUGACAAAGAAGCGAUCCGUUCAGAAUCCGGAAUAUAAUUUUCAGCCUGAGCCAUCUUUUGAAUCAACCCCGGAGGAUGAAGAAACAUAUCACGUGAUUGAUGAUAAUAUGAAUCAUCCAACGUAUAAUAGUGACUCGGUUACCGUAAAGCCACCGUCCUUACCACAUCGAGACUCUGCUGGAGACACCAUUGGCGGAUCACACAAAAUGGGGAAUGUGAACAAUAAUUUGCAUAAUAGUGACACGUUAUCCUCACAGCGUGAACCAAUCAACUUUCAUUCUGGAACUGGUAGUAUGAACAAAAAUGGCAACGCUGUCAGUCUGUCUGACGAACCCGAAACUUCGAAUUACAUUACAAUCUUUCCGAGUGAAAAUUCGGAUGAAAACGAGACUACACCGGAAGUGUUUGAGGAAGAAACACCAUACGAUAAUUCACUUGUAACCAGAUCUGUCACAAAUGGGGAAAAUACCAAGAUUUAGUGAUAACCUUGUGAUCAGUACAAUUAUAUUUCUUUACUUUUGACUGAUAUUAUAUGUGUAUGAUAUUAUCUUUCUUAGGCAUGUUAGGAGCGAGCGAGAGAGCAAAAGAGAGAGAGACAGAGAGUACGAUAUGCUAUCUUUGGUGCAAAUACAUGCGUCUUGCCAUGUUACCAUCAUAAUAAAAAUAUGUUUUAUUUCUUCUACAAUUACAAAGGUCAACAUUCCCUUUUUAAUUGAUAAUACAUGUAGCUUUACUGUGACCCGACCUGCUUAUCAGGAUC